GCUGCCCCCGGAGCCUGCAGGGCACGGCCACCUCCUGCCACCUCCUGCCACCUCCUGCCACCUCCUGCCACCUCCUGCCACCUCCUGUCACCUCCUGCCACCUCCUGCCACCUGCUCUGGACACAGGGCUGGCCAGGGCAGCAUGUGAGAGCCCCUGGCAGCACGGACCGGGGCUGAGGCAGCCAAGGGAGCCUCGCCACAAGCUCUUCCAGAGGAGGAUGGAGAACCCACUGCUUUUAUUCCCCCAGCUCAACAUUUCUGCUUCUGAGGAUAAAGCCCAUUUCAGAGCCAUGAGAUCGGCAGGUCGGGAGGAGCCACAGAAGGGAAACACUGGAGCUAAGCAGAAGAGAAACAGGCUGAGCCUGCUCCUGCAGAGACCUGAAUUCCAUGCAGGUGAUCACCUUGGCAAACCUGGAAGCCUGACAAAAGCAGCGAGCAGUGUGUCUCCUGAAGAAGCAGUGAAAUGGGGAGAGUCUUUUGACAAACUGCUUUCUGAGAAAGCUGGGCUGGAAGCCUUCACAAAGUUUCUGAAAACGGAGUUCAGUGAGGAGAACAUUGAGUUCUGGAUAGCCUGCGAAGAUUACAAGAAAAGCAAAAGUGCACAAGAACUUCUGCCAAAAGCCAAGACCAUUUUUGAAACAUUUAUACAGAAAGAUGCUCCAAAAGAGGUGAACCUGGACUGGCACACGCGGGAGGUGACGCGCGUGGCCGUGGGGCAGCCGGGCCGCGGCGCCUUCGAGGCCGCGCAGCGCCGCGUGUUCGCGCUGAUGGAGCAGGACAGCUACCGCCGCUUCCUCCGCUCUGCGGCCUACCUCAGCCUGCUGCGGGGCCAUUCCCGCUCCUGCCGUGUGUGACACAUUCCUGCUAACUGAAUUGUAACUGUUAUUAAAGUUAUUAUUAGAGGCAAGCAAAAGAACCAGUGUUCCAAGGCAGAUGCACCCCUUUGCAGAUGUUACAUGUUAAAAUUGAGGUACAGGAUGGAGUUUGGAAGAUCAGUGAUGUCCCAAGAUGAAAAUGGCCUUGAGAUGGACAAAAUUAGAGCGACUUUAGGCAUUGGGCCUAAAACCCAGUAAUUAUCAGACUAAUGAGUAGAUUUGCAUAACACAACGCUCAGUACGCACGUGCAAACCUGUAAGGUAAUCCAAAGGACAAUGAGGAAGAGGAGAAGCCUUCUCCAAAAGACCCCAAAAGAAGACUGGAGACCCCCUAACAACAAGUGAGGCAUGGGCCGUGAAGAAAAAUGACGAAAAGUCAGAAAAAUGGGAAAUAGGAGGAAACUGACAGGAAGCAUGAAUGAAUAUGUAUAAGCACACAGUAUAUGAGUUUAGCUUGAGGUGUUUUGUUUUGUACCUGAGGCAGGGUGGGGAACCCCCUCUCUUGGUGCAGACAUACCUUGAAGCUUGGGGCAGUUCUUAAAAUCUUAAACAUUGGUCCGGUUUGGGAAGCAGCUGCAGGAUUUAUCUGUAACUAUGACUCGUAUAUUAAGUUGCUGCUUGUGCAAUUUAAGCUUUCUCCCUUUCUCCCCCUUUCUGUAAGUGCUGAAGGAGAAGAGGAGCAGUUCCUGAGGAUGGGACUUUGUGUUCAUGGUUAAUUUGAGUGUAUAUGAACUGCUGGAUCUGCAGGUUUCCCUGUCUGCUUUAUUAAUUUCCAAUAAAUCUGAU